AGAGAGAGAAAGAGAGUAGACGAAGAAGAGAGUGAUGGUCUCAGUGCCUGUGUGACCUAUAGCCCCCAAAUCUUUUCCCUUUAACGUCACGAGGUGCGUGCAACAAAACGAGGCACUAUCAACUGAGCUCUUUACAUUAACCCAGCUCGCGCACGAGCCGCCGUCAGCUGUGCGCCUCGCACGCGUCCAACUCUACAGUUUUAUACAUAUAAAACUACAGGGCUCUCCUUGGCUUGCGAAUAUGUUUUCUUUCAUUCAACAGUUUUAUUGAUAGCGCGACUUUAUUGAAUAAAAGGAAAACAAAUCAAAAUUUUAAUUAAUUUGAAGGCGGGAGGCGCGAGUGCUAAGCGCGUGAGGGAAAGCCGAGACAAUAAAUAGAAGCUGCCCGCUGUAACGGUCAUCGUAACGUCCGUCGCCGUCGUAAAACUGAGGGGAAAUCGUAAACUGACGCUCAAAACGAAGACUCAAACCAACUUUAACCCUUUCAAACGGGCUCUCACGCAGAAACCCAAAGAAAACACGACCAAAAGAAGCUUCAUCUGCUAAAACAAACGACUGGUUUCAGAACUUGGACAGCUCCCUGGUGCAGCCGCCUACACACGGCACAUCGAGCAACUGUUUGAGGAUUCGGUGAAACUACAUCGCAGAAUCGUCUUUCUGAGAUUUCGGUUUAGUCCCGGGUUUUCUCCCGUUAUAUUGUGGAGCCAUGACAAGUGUACUUUUGGGAGAGAAGCAGCUUUUUGAGAAGUUCUGGAAGGGAACGUUCAAAGCCGUGGCUAUGCCGCGACCCGAGAGCAUCAUCGUGGCCAGCAUCACCGCACGGAGAGCCGCGACAAAAUCGGAGACAGCCGUUACCUUAUCACCUAAAGACAAUGAGGAGAAAAAAGAAAUUAAAGACACAGUUUCAAAAACACGAAAGAAAAAUGGACACACAAAACACAGAGGACGUAAACAUCACAGCCACCGCCGAGCUCGGAGCGUUUCAUUUGAUGCUGAUCUUUCCCCUCGGCCGAUGCCUAAAGCGAAGAAAAAGAAAAAGAAGUCUGAGAGGAAGAGGAGAAGACACAGGUCUCCCUCCUGCAGUCCGUCGCCUGUGAGGAAGAAAAAGAAGAAGAAGAGCUCAAAGAAAAGGAAGCGACACAGGUCUGCUUCAAGGAAAGGGAGACACAGUGGUUCGAGUCCUAGACGUAAAAGGAAGGAGGACAAAAAACAUAAAAAGAGGUCAAGGAGUCACCCUCACCGCAAACAUCGACACCGGAAAACUAUAAGGAGCUCCUCCUAUAUGGAACACAGGCACAGAUCUGAAGACAGUGAUAAAUCUAGUUUCCCAGAAGACGGUCAUUCGUCAGCUGAUCACAGAGGCGACACACGCAGGUCGGCAAUCAAGCUGACCAAUAAAAUCUCGCCUAAGUGCUGCUGCCGAUUUGCUGCGAGCACCGUAACUGUCUCUCCAUCGCAUUGUGGGGUUGAAGCGGUGAUUGUCCAGGACUCACUGUCCAUUAAGGGCAAAGGACAUGCAGAUUACGAUUCGGGACAUGACACGUCCUCUCCACCAUCGAGUAAAAAUGGCAUCACAAGGUCAAAAGUUGGGGACAAUGCCUCAGAUUCAGGCAAUUCACUGACCAGUUAUGUCUCUCUGGGUAAACCAGUGAUCAGAGAAAAUUCCCCACACACUUCUGUCUUCAACAAGCUCAAAGGUAUAGAGACGGGCAGGUGCUCGGAUUCAGAAAGGACAAAGCCUACACAUCUCACCACUAAUAGGAAUCGGAGUCCGUCGUAUGAUAGAUAUCGGAAUCGAACAAGACCCCGCAGCAGAAGCAUAUCAUCCCAAAGCAGAUACUCAGGACGCUAUUCCAGGAGUCGAUCCCUGUCCUCAGGGAGGAGAUCAUAUUCCCGUUCAUCAAGUUAUUCGCUGGAUUCACGGAGAGGUAGCCUGUCUAGCGCAAGCAGUUGCCACAGUCUCAGUUCCUCACCAGACAGGUUUCGAGAGCGGAAGAGACACUGCAGUUCUUGCGAGAGAAAAAAGCACAGCAGGAGAAGACCUUGUUCUCCAAUAAGGAAGAGAAGAAGAGAUUCCCCCAGCCACCUGGAAGCCCGUAGAAUUACAAGUGCCAGAAAGAGGCCCAUCCCGUACUACCGCCCCAGUCCUUCCGUCAGCAGCCGUUCCUCCAGCCUCCUCUCCUGGCGCCUGUUUUCUCUCAGUCGCAGUCGUUCACGCAGCCGGAGUCGCACUUAUUCAUCAUAUAGGAGCUACAGCCGCAGCUCUUCGUGGAACUCUAUAUAUAGCAGACGCAGCCGAAGCAGAAGCUAUGACUCAAUGGCGAGCUACAGCCGAGCCCGUCGCUAAUUUACGAACGAGCCGGCUGCCGAGAUGCUGAGCCAUGGUGCGAGCGAGGACCCGAUCCGAUUUCAACUGGAAGCGAAAUGGAGCAGCACUAAGAACAUGCUGCGCUUGGGUAUGGAACGCCAGGCAGUGACAGGAUCAUCUGUUCAUUGUCAGAUAAGACUGAAGCUUUCCAUAUUGUUGUGUACUAAAGUGUGUGCUUUCACCAAACGUAAAGAAAAACUUGUCUGUCAGUCACAAACCCUGCUUUUAUAGAAGGUCCAGACCGUACAUGCUGCACAUGGAAGUUACACAAGACGUGAGGAUGUUGCCGGUCAUUCAUUACAAAAGCAGUUACAGGUUAAGCGAAGUGUAUGCGUGCAGGCCUUGACUGUACGAAUCUAUUGUAUUUUUGUAGCGUUUUCUUCUUUAAAUCAUACGUCAAAAGCGCUCAAGAAAAAGAUUUAUUGCAUCCACAACAGCUUUUACCGAGAGCAGCCGCUUUUGUGUUGCACACACCUUCACUUUGAAAAAUGUGCCAUCCAAAUUGGCCCCACCGGCAAACAUACACCCCAUCAGCCCAAAUGCCAGCUUUAUUUAUCUUCUGUUGAACUGGAAAACAAUUUAAAUGCCAUUGGCUGUGAUGAAGAUGAUGGCAGAAUCAAGUGGAUGUGCUCCAGUGGCAGGAACCCUCUUACAGGCCAGCUGCCAAUCAAAUAUGUUAAACUUGCGUAUUAAUCUUGAGACGACAGGACGUGACUUUUAUCCGUAGGAAUAAAAGAAAAGUUGUAAAUUUUUGGAUUUGUCCAAUGUAUUAAAGCACUAGUGUGCCUGCAUAUUAUUAUUAUUAUUAUUAUUUUUAUUAUUAAUAAUUGUUAUUAGCAUGACCCUUGAGUCUUAAUUUUAUUUAAUUUUAUUUAAUAAUUUAUUGAUUUUUGCGCUUAGUCGUUUAGUCUGUAAUCAUUUCUGUAAAGCCUAAAAUUAUUAUUCAGAUCCUUUGAAUUAUUUAUGAGAAACAUAAUAUUUUCAGAUAAUUUCAUAAAUCAGUCAAAAAAAAUCUCUAAAUCUGCACUAAUUCAGUCUGACUGUGUAAAUCUUCACAUAAUGAUAGUGUUUAUAAAUGUGAAUGUUUAAAAAUACAUUGCUGCUCUUGGUGACGCAUCAUUGCAGAUAAACCAAGAAACUAGAUAAACGGAGACAGCUGUCAUAAGACAUCAGUCAUAAUGUCUAGAUCAAGGCUUUCCUAAAGGAUCAAAGAUAUUCGCUGUGUGAUCCAGAUUGACAAGGGAGCGUCUAAAAAUCAUGACACCUUCAUCGCACGAUGACAGUUUUUUUGUUUAUAUGUCCUUCUGGAGUGCUUGUUAAGCGAAGGCAUGGUGAUCUCUAUGCACUGUAGAUUUUUAGCCGUCUGACUGUUGUGAAUUCUGACACUUGUACAGAUAAUUAGUUGUACUGUAGAUGGGAGCGCGAAACACUUGAAGCGGAUCAAAUGUUUUAUCUUCUUAAAUUCAUCUUGUUGUUUCGUCUCAAACCGUUAGCGAGUUUAGUAAAUGAUUAUGUAAAUCUGUCGUGUAAAUAUGCAAACGUUUAGCGCUGCAAUAUUAGGCAUGGACUUUAUUUAUUCUGAUGGAGUAGUGGGACCAGCUUUCUGAUUUGCAUAAAUUGCAUCGCUGUUUAUUUUUAUUCCCUCUAAAUGCUGAAGGUUUGCCAUGAAUCCUGUUUUACACAAAUUCACGAGAAGACAAGCAGCAGUCCAAACACGCUACUAAAGUUUAGAUUGCAUUUGCCAAACACCUGCCGAUUGUUGCCAUAUCAUGCCAGUUUUAUCCUGAAAUAAUACAUUUAAUUUUGCACAUGUAACUACAAUUUUAAAGCACAUGCUUGAGGAUGUAACGCCUCCCCCCCCCCCCACACACACACACACACAUUUCCUUAUUCUACAGUGUAUAUAUAUAUUUGUAUGUGAAUAUCAAUGUCUCCCUUGAUCUUCAAGUUAUUGACUCUUGGUGUGGUCUAAAUCUGUGAUGAAUAUUCAAAGAGUUUGAAAUAAAUAAUUCAUUGAAUUCAUUUACACAUAA